UGUCUGGUUUCCCUUGGUGCGGCCCUUGGCUUCUUCCUCUCAUCGUGAAGUUUGUCGUUCAGGGUGUCUUCGUCCGAGUGCAACGCCCCGAGUAGCGACCGUUUCGGAGGACGAUGGCCCGAGAGCAAUUGCGGAUAAACUCCCACACCACCACGCACAUGCAGAUCCACUCCCGCCCCCGCAAAUGCUUGAUCCAUUUGACCUAAAUGGUCUUGCCCCUGCAGCACAUGCGAGACUCUUUCUGGAUCCUUGCAUCGCUUGCAUCACGCUCUGUGGAUGCAGUCUUGCGUGCCCAGAAAUUGGCGGUAAUUCUACCAUAAACGACUUGGUAUACCGGAAAUUGCGAUGAUAAACGAUGGCGACAUGCUCUCGCAAUAAGUCCGAAGCCGGGCGGGCGGCAUACGAUGCAGGUACAAAUUGCAUCGUGAAUGCUCGUUAGACCUCCAGGACGCGAUUUUGCGACCCUUCCAUUCUUUGCAACAUGUUGAAGACUGUGCUUGGCCUUUAUGGCCUACUCAGUUGCGCAGCCGCACAGACCAACUCAGUCAAAGUUAAAUGGCUUGAAGGAACGCCAGACUACCUUGGCGGUGUUACCUUUGGUCUCCCAUGGCCUCGUGGACAGCAUCUGGCCAAUGCGACCACCUUCACAGCUUCAGGUGAUGCCCAGCUGCAGUCCUGGGUCACCGCGUACUGGCCUGAUGGCUCACUCAAGUGGACCGGACACGCCCUCGGUGCCACCGACUCUCCUGCUGAUGAAUACACCAUCACCGCUUCUGGACCUGGCAACGCUACUUUCUCCCGCGUGAGACGUCAGAGCAACAACAGCACCAGCGGUGUGCAGGUCAGCGAGUCUGGAGACGAGAUCGUUGUCAAUACUGGCCAGGUCAUAGCCACUUUCCCCAAGUCUGGCAAUGUCUUGGUCUCUUCCAUCAAGUCCAGAGGCAAGGUCGUUGGAAACAACGGUCGCCUGAUCUUGAGGUCGCAGACUGGCACGCCCGAUGACGAUGAGAACGGCAAGCCAACCGGCAUCGACUACUUCAGCUUUGCUAGCAAGAUUUAUAACACUACUGUAUCGGAAGACAACUCUGCUCGUGCCCUUGUUACUGUCCAGGGUAUUCACGCAGCCGAUGGCGAGGCAUCGCACGCAGACUGGCUUCCGUUCACCGUGCGCUUCUACCUUUAUGCGAACUCGGAGGCCAUCCGCAUCAUUCACACCAUCAUCUACGACGGUGAAGCCAAGAGCGACUUCAUCUCAGGCCUCGGUGUACGCUUCGACGUGCCCCUCGCUGAAGAGGAGCAGUACAAUCGUCACGUUCGCAUUGCCGGCAUCGAUGGAGGUUUGUUGCAUGAAGCAGUUCAAGGUAUCACCGGUCUCCGUCGCGACCCUGGUGCAGAUGUAAGAUCGGCUCAGUUUAACGGUACUGAGACGGCUGACAAGUCGACUUGGGACCAGAGGGUAACAACUCGGCUGCAAUGGAUCCCUACUUGGAGCGACUACCGGCUGACCCAGCUUUCGCCCGAUGGCUUCAACCUCAAGAAGCGUACUAAGGCUGGACAGAGUUGGGUCACUAUUCCUGGAGGUACCCGCUCUGGCGGACUUGCAUACCUCGGUGGCUCUUCCGUUGGUGGUCUCGCCCUAGGUCUGCGUGACUUCUGGAAGAAGUACCCUACCAGUGUUGACAUCUCCAACGCUGCCACCGACACCGGCUCAGUCACCUUGUGGCUUUACAGCCCGCAAGCUGACCCUCUUGACGUUAGGCCGUACCACGACGGUCUCGGCGAGGACACAUACGCCAAACAGCUGGAUGCUCUCGAGAUUACUUAUGAAGACUACGAAGGUGGCUACAACACACCCUAUGGAGUCGGCCGGACCAAUGAGCUGUUCCUCUAUGCAUUUGCCAGCACUCCGUCGGCUGACCACCUCUCAACCCUGACCAACCACACCAACAACCCGCCUGUUCUGAUCCCAGAGCCUACUUAUAUCCGUGAUACUAAGGCUAUUGGUAGCUACUGGGACGUCCCAGGGUCGCCGAAGGACUCCGCCCAGGCCCAGACCAUUGAGAAGAACAUGAAAUUCUUGAUCGAGUUCUAUGAGAACCAGGUCGAGCAGCGCCGAUGGUACGGUUUCUGGGAUCAUGGCGACAUUAUCCACACCUACGACGAUGACCGUCACCAGUGGCGUUACGAUAUCGGUGGCUAUGCUUGGGAUAACUCCGAGCUUUCGCCUGACCUGUUCUUCUGGUACCACUUCCUACGCACUGGUGACGCAGGUGCCUACCGCCUUGCCCACGACCAAGCACGCCACGGCGGUGAGGUUGACUCCUACCAUCUCGGCAAUUUCACAGGUCUUGGUACGAGGCACGGUGUUCAGCAUUGGGCCGACAGUGCUAAGCAAGCUCGCAUCUCUACACCUGUCUACAGGAAGACCUUCUUCUACAUCUCUGGUGGUGACGAGCGCACUGGUGAUCUUGUCCGUGAGGUACAAGAGGUUGAGAAGGCAUUCGUCCUUGUUGAUGCUCGCCGCAAGGUCCGCGCUGCUAACGUUGUCUACAACCCCGACCCUGAGGCGCUUUACCUCAACUUCGGUACCGACUGGGCUGGUAUCGCACAAGCCUACUUGAUCGAGUGGGAACGCCGUGGUCCAAACUGGGAGCAGGCCCGUGACAAACUCAUUGAGGCUCUGAAGACAUACCCCAAGCUGAAGAACGGUUUCGUCACAGGCGAAGCCCUCUACAACUCCUACACUGGAGCCUGGUCACCACCGCCCACAGACCCCAACAACACUGGCAACAUCACCGUAUCUCACUUGUCCGGUGUUUUCGGUGUCCUCGAGACCAUUGACCAGCUGAUCGAGCACUUUGGUCCCGAAGCUCGCAACACCACUCAGCCUUUCCUCGAUGCAUUCCUUGACUACGCCUACUACUACGGCGCACCCAAAGCCGAGCAGGCCGCCAGGUACGGCAAGGACUUCGGCAACCUGAACCUCAAGCAAGGUCAUUCUCGCUUCACCGCCUACGUCGCCAACAAGCGCAACAACGCCACUCUGGUGCCUCGUGUGUGGUCCGAGUACCUUGGCGACGGCAGCAAGGACGGCAUUGCACCUGACGCACCCUGGAAGACAGAGCGCAUUGAUGGCAGUGAUGUGCUCAUCCCUGUCGAUGAGGCUACGUGGGUCAGCACAAACGCUGCGGCCCUGUAUGGCGUUGCUGGCAUUGAGAACUUGGCCUUGGUUGGAGCACCUGACGUUUCUUCGAUUGGUGGUAACUCGACUGCUAAGCUAAGGGUUUGAAGCAUCCUUGGACGGUAUAUAUUAUGGAUUGAUGACGAUUAGCGCACUUCUUGUAUAUGAUAGUUCGUAACUUCUUGUGUGUAAUGUUAACUUAUUCCAAUCGCAAGCUUCAUUCUUC